AAAGAUCAUCUCAGUAUCAGCAUAAUCCCCUCACAGAACCUGCGUACAGGUCUACCGUCUCCGCCGUGCCUUCACAUUCUCUUUCACAGUCAGACCAGUUUCGGCGGAUACACAAUCCUGACGCUGCCAACGACAACAUACAGGUCCAAGACACGACGAUGAUUGAAGUAAGAAACUUUUUGCAACAACAGGAGCGCGAUACCUACUGGCUUUCUCCACGAACAAUGAACGAGGACUUGCCAUCUCACGAGAGCGCUGCUGCACCGCUCGAUCCUUCACUUAUUUGCGCGAUCAAAGACCUCCCUGAGACUGAAGCGUUUGCUAUUAUAGUGGAGUAUGUCGCUAUACAACUACUCGCUUCCUGUUAUACUUUGCUGCCAGCAUCGAGCGCCGAGAUUCUCCCUCUGAGUCAGCAAAGGAUGGGUAGCAGGGUGGUCACUGCGCUGCGUCUACACACCCUUCAUCGUCUUGCCCCGGCGGCGGGCCAUCACGCAAGGAUAAACUCUGAAAGCUCCCCAUGACCGGGACUGUACAACGGGGUUUCUAGGGAAGACGAGCUCGCGGAGACUGUUUCACGACGGCGCCGACAUGCCGUAGACGCACCCAGCGAUGGAUGCCGUCGUUUUCUGCAAGGCUCGAUUUCCAAUGAACAAGCGGAUAGAGCCGGUCAAUAGCAUGACGGCACAGAAGACAGCUGUG